AUGCACUUCCGCAUCAAAUGGGAGUCCUUCAGGAAGCGGGUGAUCAUCCUUGGAGGCACUGGUCGUGUGGGCUCCUCCACAGCAUCUGCUUUGCUGCGCAGCGAUCCACGCCUGGACAUAGCCCUGGCCAGCCGCAGCAGGCGCACUUAUGAAGCUGCUGUGAAGAAGCGCCCCGAGCUGGCCAACACACGGUUUGUGUCGGUGGACAUUGAGGAUGCAGCCUCGCUGGAGGCUGCGCUGCGAGGGGCGGAUCUGGUGGUGCACACGGCGGGGCCAUUCCAGCGCAAGAUGACCUGCGAUGUGUUGGAAGCAGCCAUCGCCGCUCGUACACCUUACAUGGACAUCUGCGAUGACGCCGAUUACUCGCAGCGGGCCAGGGGUUACCAUGAACGCGCUCAGGCCGCUGGCGUCCCCGCCAUUACCACAGCAGGUAUUUAUCCGGGAGUGUCCAAUGUGAUGGCAGCGCACAUGAUCUCCAUCGCACGGCGAGAGUACACAGCAGACUGGAGCUACGCCACUAGCAACUCUAUUGAGCCAGUGGAGCCGAGGAGAGUUCUGUAUUCGUACUACACAGCAGGCAGCGGCGGAGUGGGGCCCACAAUCCUCGAGACGAGCCUGCUCCUAGCUGGAGAGCCUGUCGUCGUCUACGCAAACGGGGAGAAGUUGGUGGUGCCGCCGCUGAGCAGCCCGCGCUACGUGGACUUUGGGCCGCCCAUCCGGGGGGUGACGACCUACCUGUACAACCUGCCCGAGGUGGCGUCCACGCAUGAGUGCAUGCGCGUCCCCACCGUCUCCGCGCGCUUUGCCACGGCGCCCGUCUUCUGGAACUGGGCCAUGCUUGCCGUCGCCCGCCUCGCGCCCAAGGGCUUCCUUGAAGACCGCGCUAAGUCAAAGUGGCUUGCAACGCUGGCGGACCCUUGGGUGCGGCUGGUGGAUCCAUUCAUAGGGGAGGCAGUGGGCAUGCGGGUGGAUGUGGACUUGGAAGAUGGCACAACCGCUUCCGGCAUCUUCGUGCACAAGCUUCUGUCCGACAGCGUGGGAAUCAGCACAGCAGCAUUUGCACAGGCCAUUCUAGCGGGUCAGACGCAGCCUGGUGUGUGGUUUCCAGAAGAGCGAGGCGCGGUCUCAGAUCGCAGGAAGCUGUUGCAGGAUGCUGCAGAGGGGACUGUCCGCUUUGAGCUCAACAGGCCUCCUUGGGCGCUGGAGUCCAACCCAAUCCGAGUGGGGAUGGGCAUGUACUGGUAG